AUGGGCAAGAAGCGCGUGCAUCACGGCCGACGAAACGGCGGCCGCAGCGACAAGAAGCAGCGCGCCGAGGGCCAAGCGGACGAGUGGCGAGCCAAUAGGUUUGCGGAUUGGGUCUACGACAACGAACACUUUGACGCGUACUACAAGGCACAGCACAUUGUGGCGGACGCUGAGUGGGACGCGUUCAAGAAAGCACUGGCGACGCCGCUGCCCACGACUUUCCGCAUCAAUCCCUCGUGCUCAUUUGCUGAACGCAUUCGCGAGCGCGUUGAGCAGGACUUCAAGUUCGAUGGCCUUGUGGUCGACGAUGAGCCAGUAGAGCCCAUCAGUCUCAUGCCCUGGUACCCGGACAAUCGUGGGUUCACGUGGUCCGUCGAACGGCGUCGUGUGCGCAAACUGCCGAUUUUGAAGCAAUUCCAGGCCUGGCUCGUUGAGCUCUCAUACAGCGGCAGUAUCACGCGUCAGGAAGCUGUGAGCAUGAUCCCACCUCUUGUGUUAGGUGUAGAACCACAUCACAAGGUACUGGAUAUGUGUGCUGCUCCUGGCUCCAAGACGUCACAGCUGCUGGAGUCGCUGCAUGCCCAAGACCUGUCAACGGGCAAGACCCCUAGUGGAGUCGUCGUGGCCAACGAUGUGGACCUCAAGCGCGCAUACACGCUGGUGCAUCAAUCUAAGCGUAUCAACUCACCCGCGCUGCUUGUCACUUGCCACGAAGCGCAGCACUUCCCGUUUCUUGGUCCGGAUGGGACCGAAAGCGAAGGUGUGUUCGACCGUAUUUUAUGCGACGUGCCAUGCAGUGGUGACGGCACGUUGCGCAAGAACCCGUUGAUUUGGAAGAAUUGGAGCGCCAAAGACGGUAUUGCGCUACACCCACUGCAGCUGCAAAUUGCCAAGCGCGGUGCGUCGCUGCUGAAGGUUGGUGGCAAUAUGUGCUACUCCACGUGCACGUUUAACCCACUUGAGAACGAGGCAGUGGUAUCAGAACUGCUACGAUGGAGCAACGGCUCGCUUGAACUCGUAGAUGUGUCCGACACGUUGCCACUGUUGAAGCGCCGUCCUGGUAUCAGUACCUGGAAGGUGUUGGAUUCACAGCUGAAGGAGCACUCGUCAUGCGAUCCUCAAGUUGAAGAGAACAAGAACGUCAAGACCAAAGACAAAAUUCGUGCUACGAUGUUCCCGCCUACGGAGAAAGAGGCAUCGGAGUUUCACCUCGAGCGUUGCAUGCGUUGCCUGCCUCAAGAUGAAAACACUGGCGGCUUCUUUGUCUGUUUGUUAAAGAAGGUGAAGCCAACUCCUGAUGAAAAGGAGGAGCUUGCUACGGACGAGACUGGUCGAACAGCUAGCCGAACGGAAGAGUCUGUUGUGAAGUCUGAUGAUGUUGACGUGAGUGUCGAUGAAGCCACACCAAGUGAUGCUACAGUUGGUGACGUCAAAGUACUCGAUGACGCGAGAACAGCUGUGGUCAAUUCGCGAAGAACUCGUCGUGACGAUCGUCGCAAUAAGAAAGCUGAGGUGUACAUGGCUUUUGGUAGUGAUAACUGGGCUAACGUGCGCGACUACUACGAUUUGGCUGCUAGUUUCCCGGCAGCACAGUUGAUCACGCGAUCGGAGGAUGCAAAGUCCGUCACGUUCGUGACUGAGAGCAUUACCAUGGCUUUGCUGGAAGAGAUGAAGCGCAAGAAGUUGAAGGUUGUGUUUGCUGGGCUCAAAAUGUUUGAGCGCAAUGAAACGGUCGAAGGUGGCAAGGUCUAUCGAGUGUGCCAAGCCGGCCUAGCGCACAUUCUGCCGUUCAUGAAUCAACGCACAGCGAAAGUGUCGACGAAGGAUUUCCAGAUGAUGCUAGAUCGACUAGGAGACUUGCUGGAUUUCGAUGAGUUUGAGCCUACCACUCGGGAGUAUUUCGAGAAUGCCCCGAUCGGUAGUGUUGUGUGCAUGCUCGACCGUCCGGGCCCGUCGAAUGUUGAAUCGAGGGUGAUGAAUUUGGUGGCUUGGCGAGGUCGUAACUCGGUAAAUGUCAUGGCCACCAAGGCCGAUGUUGCCGCAUUGCUAGGAACGAUGAAGGAAAUGAAGCUAUACAGCUCGGCUGUGCUCGAAGCUGUGUUGGAAGCCAAAAAAGUCAGAGAUGCGGAGCGUGCUGCUCGUAAUGGGGAAAAGCAGGAGGCAAACGAAGCAAUUACGACGACUGACGAGAUGAACGUCGUACCAGUUGUUCAAGACAAGGACGACCAAGAGUUGUGUAUGCCUGCUUAG